AUGAGCCAAACAGUCUCUAGGCCCAAUGUUGACUUGACGUCCAACAAAGCUGAUUUGGAGUCCCAGCCCACGCUGAUAACUUUCUCAGAGAAUGACCCCGAAAAUCCACUCAAUUGGCCGAGAUCCAGAAAAUGGGCCAUCACCCUGGUCGUAUCACUGUCGGUGUUCCUCAUGCCGCUGUCUUCAUCCAUCGUGGCGCCUGAGUUGAGCACAAUUAGAGAUGAUCUCCGAAUGGGCAGCUCUCUGGAAGCUGUACUGGUGCUUUCGACUUUUGUCUUGACCUAUUGUCUCGGUCCUCUCAUCCUGGGCCCGUUGAGCGAGAUCUACGGCCGAGUCGUUGUCCUGCAUUUCGGCAAUUCAUUCUACCUGGUCUUCAACCUGGUGUGUGGGUUCGCUCGCAAUAAAGGUGAGCUACUUGCUUUCCGUGUACUAGCAGGCUUUGGAGGCGCCGGGGGACUUGUUGUGAGUUCGCCUGUCUGUGUCAUAUUGAUUCACGGUCUAACUUACCAGGUCGGUGCCGGUAUCAUCAGCGAUUGCUUCUCGAAAGAGGAGCGCGGCUGGGUGAUCGCUAUCUACAAUCUCGGGCCUGUCUUUGGCCCUUCCAUCGGGGCGGUGAUAGGCGGAUUCAUCACUCAGUAUACAACAUGGCGCUGGGCAUUCUGGGCGACAUCCAUCUUUGACGGCGCUUUGAUUAUUCUAGGACUGAUCGUGAUGAAAGAAACAUACCCACCCAUCAUCCUCGCCAGAAGAAAGCAAAAACUCAGUACCCCCAACCAACUAUACACAACCCCCUACGAAAAGCCCGAUCAAACCCCCACCCAGCUCUACCGCAACUCACUCCUCCGACCACUCCACCUCCUCCGCGUCCAACCCAUCAUCCAACUCCUCGCCCUCUUCUACGCCUACCUCUACGGCCUCAUGUACCUAGUCCUCUCAACAUUCACAACCCUCUGGCAAGAAAAAUACCACUUAAACACCGGCCCCUCAAGCCUCCACUACCUAGCCCUAGGAAUCGGCUACUUCCUCGGCUCCCAAAUCUGCGGACUUCUCGCAGACCCAAUCUACAAGACCCUCAAAGGUCCAGACACAGGGAAACCAGAAUACCGCAUCAUCCUCAUGUUCCCAGCCUCCGUACUCGCACCCAUAGGUCUACUCUGGUACGGCUGGGCCGGACAGACUGUGACACAUUGGAUCGUUCCGGAUUUGGGAAUCGCCCUCUUCGCUGCUGCAGCUAUGGUCUCGUUCCAGUGUACCACUGCGUAUCUGUAUGAGGCUUUCACGCUGUAUGCGGCUAGUGCGACGGGGGCGGUUUAUAUUCUAAGGGCUCUGACGGGGUUUGGGUUUCCGCUUUUCGGUCCGGCUAUGUAUCGGAGCUUGGAUUUUGAUUGGGGGACUACGGUUGUUGCGCUGGUUGCUGUUGUGUUGGGUGUGCCGGCGCCGGUUGUUUUGUGGAGGUUUGGGGCGAGGCUUAGGGCGAGGAGUGAUUUUGCUGUUGGUUAG